UCCGAGCCAGCUCAGUUGCCCAUCGCCGCGACGACGACACGGUUGCGCCACGACGACAGGCCAGACACGUCACCGUAACCGUAACCGGGACUACCCCCGAGAGCACAGCCACGUUGCUUCUCUCUCUUUCUCUUUCUUUUAUCAAUUUCCUCCGUACGUUUCGGCUGAUUUACCAAGUACCGUGUCACACGCGACAUAGUAUCAAUCUCGCCACGCGGAUCCAGCCGCUCCGUUUCUUCGAAGUAAGCCGCCCCCGCGCUGUCAGUUGCCUCCGGUGAAUCCGCAGUUCUCUGUGUGCGCCUAGUUCCGUAUGACCGAUCGACCAAGACCGAAGGAUUCGAGGAAGGUUCGUAGAUCGUUGAAAGACGGCAUGGGGAGAGAAGCGGACGGUGGACAUUGUUUGUGAUCAUUGAAGAAACGAGAAAAAGAAGGGCUGAUCAUCGGCGACUGGUCGAUCCUGCCAGUGGACGAGUGCCUUCCUGUUGGCAGAGGAAAUAGUAGUAGGAGACGAGCAGAAUACUGUUUUUUUGUCUUGUGAAAUUCGAUCCAAACGGUGAGAAGAAUGAAUGGAAGCGGUUCCACGAAUUUCCAUGCGCAUCGUUGAGGUCCGAGGAGAGUUUUGUUCCGUGGCCAGGCACGAUGAAUGGAGUCCAUCAGCGCCGAUAUCGGGACGAGUGAAUAGAAUUCUUGGACGCAGAUAAGGUUCUAAUUGUCUUCGGGACGAGAUUUAGGGUGAGAAAGAGAGAGAGAGGAAAGGGAGUAAUAAUCGAGUAACUUCGUACCGGUUGCUUCGAGCAACGAGGAAAGCGGUAAUCCGUACCUGAACACAACGAAACUUCCAUUCAACGAACAGACUGGACGCAUGUGUGCCGUUAGACGCGUUGUUUCUACACGGUAAUUGUGUUUAAGUGCGAAAGAAAACGCGAGACAAUCGGUCCGCACGGGUUCUCGAGUUGCCGUCGCUCGCCGAAACCUGUCGCAGCUUCUGUCUUCGCUCGACAGAUCAAGGAUUUUUACGUUUACAACGAAGAUUAGCCGAGAACGCAGGCCAGUAAGCUUUCCAACAAUUUUCUAUGCACGAAAAACAUUCCAUUUCGAGAGAUCCUCGAUGAUGGAGAUCUAUGAGAACACUUAGAAUCGCCGGCGGGUCCAUAUCAGGAUCUAAUCUCGAUUUUCUAUCUCAACUCGUUCCGUAUAUUUUUCGAAACUAAACGGACGAUUAGUCGAUCCCUUCUUAGCGGGCCUACAAUUCAUUUUCAACGUUCGUCGAUCGGAGCGUCGGCGAGGGUAUCGAAAAAGCGACGCCUCCGCUCGCGACAAACCGUCGGAUGCCGAACGAGCGUUAUGUCAGGGCCUAGCCGCGGCAAAGGACUCGUUUUACUUCCCUCUUUGAUCGAUCUACGUGAGAAAAUAUCCUCCGAUCUCUAAUACCCAGGACAUCGAGUUUGUGUUCGAAACAGAAUCCAACGAACCCCGUCAGUUUCUUUAUUCGAGACUGCUGAAUCGCGGAGUCGUUUGUAAACAAAAGUUCCUAAAAAUCCAGACGCAAAUCAACGAGCAAAUAUUUCAAUAUCUUAGCGAGGAUAUUCUACAGGAAAUUCGCUAGAAGAACAACGAUAUAUCCUUGAAUCCUGUUCCGUCAACGAGCCUGGCUAUGAUGCUCCAUUGACAGGGACGCGGUAGACUCUAGGAAAUAUUCAUUAAAAGAGGGAUUUACGAGUGGAAGAUGUCGUUUUGAGUGGUUAGGAUUAUCGAUACUGAGUCAAAGAUGCCGCAGCGAUCGCCGUUCGCGAUCCAAGAGCUGCUGGGGCUGAACGGUACCGGAAACGGAAGCGGUACCGAUCGAGGCUCGCCCCAAGGAUCACCGCCAGCCGGCGUCUCGGCGGUUUCUUACGCACCCACCGCGCCUCAUCACAAACUAUGGGACUACAUGCCCAGCCUGACGAAUCAUCUCGGCAAUCUUGGCAAUCUUGGCAAUCUGGGCAACCUGACCGCCUCGCGGAUGGCUUACCUGAAUGCGCAGGCGGCCGUAGCGGCUGCCUUCCUGCCGCCGCCCCACCCCCACCCGGCCCACCAUGUACCGCAUCAUCAGGUACAUCAACCGGGACAACUUCCGGCCUCGCCGGCCGGCGUCAACGUGCAUCCGGCUGCUCACGCGCAGCAUGUACUUCCGGGAACCGCAGUCACCGCGAAUCAUCAUCAGCACAGUCCGACUCAGCACACGCCACCCCAUGGAUACUCUCAGUCGAAGAGCUCGUUUCCAAACGCCAGUCCAGGUGUGGGGCACAAUAUAGAGUCGGGAAAAGACUUCACCGUCGACGGUCUCUCUGGUUUCAGCAAAAAGAAGAAAAAGAAGCGCCGUCAUAGCUCCAGGACGAUCUUCACGUCACAGCAGCUGGAGGAGCUGGAGGCAGCGUUCAAGGAAGCCCAUUAUCCUGACGUGUAUGCCCGCGAGAUGCUCAGCCUUCGAACCGAUCUGCCCGAGGACAGGAUACAGGUGUGGUUCCAAAACCGGAGAGCAAAAUGGCGCAAAACGGAGAAGUGCUGGGGUAGAAGUACCAUAAUGGCGGAGUAUGGCCUGUACGGAGCGAUGGUACGACACUCGCUACCGCUUCCUGAAACGAUCCUGAAGAGCGCCAAGGAGAACGAAUCGGUCGCGCCAUGGCUGUUAGCUCAAUCAUCUAAGACGAGCAGCUUUAGUCAAGAUAUCGAAAAUAAUCAAGAAAUGAUUGACUGUGGCCCCGCAGGGAUGCAUCGGAAGUCAAUCGAAGCGGCGGAACAUCUCAAGUCCGGCGGCGAGGACAGCGGAAACGAUCACAAUGGAAGCGGAAGCAGUCCCCAUCACAAUCAUCAUCAAGGUGGACCGACCAGUUCCGAGAGCGGCCAAGAAAGCCAGGACGGCAUGGGACCUUCUUCGUCGACAGGAAUGGUUCAGGACACGGAGCAGCUGAGAAACGAGAGCAUCGCCUGUUUGAGGGCGAAGGCUCAGCAACAUCAGCUACAACUGAGCCUACAACCGACGCCAGCGCCUACCAGCACCUCGUACCCUGCAGGACCCCCGUCGAGCACGCUUCAUGCUUCCGUUUAAUCAUCGUUUCAAACGUUCAUCCAAUUAGACAGCGUUCGACACCUUCACGGACAAACUCAUAUCGAUCGAUCCUCCUUCGAGGAAUCGUCGAGGAACUCGUCGAAGACGUAACGUCUCGAGACGAUAAUCAUUACGCGACUUUACCUCGAGCUUUAGGUGCGAUGAAAACCUUCGCGAGAGGUCGUAGAUCGUUCCUAGGAAGAAGGAAGUCGUUCCUCGUCCGCGAUGAAGGUUUUCAAUUUUCGACGAAGCAGGGUAAAUAUUCAUUAAAGGAUACACACCACGAAUCGUAGAGAAACAUACACACAACGAAUACGAAUACGAGUUCGAUUUCGAACAAUGAUCUGGCCGCAUCAUCGAUGUCGCCCAGGGCCUAUGUAGUUCUCUGCUUUCCUUCGGUAUGACGAAUCGAUAGGCAUCGAUCACGAAGGGAACGCGCAACGAGAAUUAUUUCGAAGUCGGUCCUCAUCAACGAAACGGUGGCCUAUGGACGGCCAGUACAAUGACGAAUCAUCGAUCGCGGAUAAAGCUCGCUUUCAACGUUCGUCCAUCUAACGCUCGUUCGGAAAAAAUGAAA